AUGUCCGAUCCGUCCCCCCCAUCGGCUGUAUCCUCGCAGCCCUCGACAUCCGAUGCCAGCGACUCGACCUAUCUGACCUGGUCCAACUUCUUCUCCAUCCUCAGUGGCAGCGCAUCGCAACCUCUUCGAAAUGCCUACUUCCAUGAACGCGACGUCAAGAACGAAGAGAAAGACUGCAAGCGCUGUCAAGAAGACGUCAAAUAUCUCUUCAAGGGCUCGCCCAUUGUGACUUUCAUGAAGCAUAACAUCGACCUUCUCGGUCCGGCAGACGGCAGCGCAUCGAUACACCCCGGUAACGUCACCUGCAGAAGAUGUGAUACACAGCAAAGUGGAGGCUUCAGUCCCGAGCACGGGAUUCUGCUCUGCGCGAACCAGUUUCGCGACCGAGGACAUCUGGAGGACACACUUGCCCACGAGAUGGUCCAUGCCUACGAUUAUAUGCGCUUCAAGCUGGAUCCAUUGGACCUGAGACAUGCGGCGUGUAUGGAGAUAAGAGCGAGCAUGUUGAGUGGAGAGUGCCGAUUCCGACGCGAAUUCUUCACUAGAGGACAGUGGAGCGUGACGCAGCAGCUGCAAGAAUGCGUCAGGAGAAGAGCGGCGUUGUCGGUGGCCAACAGACCGGCCUGUAAAGACGAUGUACAGGCGGUGAGGGUGGUGAAUGAAGUUUGGGAGAGCUGCUUCAACGAUACUCGGCCGUUCGAUGAGAUAUAUAAGUGA